AUGCAGGUGACGACUUCCGAGGUGGUCAAGCCCGGGAGGAGGAAGACCCGCAAGCCACGGUCGCUGCUGCUGCUGCUCAAGAGCUUCGUGGGGCUGCGUGUGCGUAUUGACUUAAAGAACGACUCAGUGGUCGAAGGCGUGGUGCAGGAGGUCGUCAAUGACAUGGACUUUACGCUCUUAGAUGCGUGCGAGACAAAGCCAACGGGAGCUACUGUGAUGCUGGACGAGGUGUUUGUCAUGGGCAAGACGGUGCUAUGCGUGCACAUUCCCGACAAGAUCAAUAUCUCCCACCAUUUGCAGCAAUACACCCGAAUGCUGUGGCAGAGUGCAACGAUGUAUACAAGGGCAAAGCGCACAUCAAGCUCGGUGCAGUAG